UAGUUUCUAUGAUUUGGUUUUUCAAGUAGUAUAGUUUUCUCAAGAAACCGGAAAAAGAUAAGUGUAGAUAAGUAAGGAGGGGCCCUUAGUGAGUGUGUAUAGGUUUCUGAGUCAGAAGAUUCUCAGGAUGGAGACUAGGGUGAAUAGUUCCGCCUUCUUCUCCUUUACCGAGAAUAGGAGAUCCAUCAAAAGCCUGCCUAGAGAUUUACCUAUUUCUUAUCAGCAGACCUAUGCCUUGAUCAUUCCUAUCUAAGUGGCUAUCUUUUCAUGCCGAGCCAUCCUUUUUCUUUACAUGCCUGCCUAGCUUGGGAAAGAAAGGAGAUGCAUAUCUCCUGAGUGAGAAGCACAAGCUAUUGUAUGUACCAUUCCUCUUCACUCAUUCUAGUCCUUAACUACUUGCUCGAAAAAGAGUCUCCUAUACUUAGGUAGGUUUUCCUAUACGAGGAAUUACUCACCCAGACUGUCUCUUCGAGAAAUGUUCAUUGAGAUCCUAUCCAUAUUAAUGCACCACUUAAUAAUCACAUCUUUGAUGUAUGUGCCAGGUCUCAUUAUCUAAAUGCAUGAAAUAAAAAUACUUGAUAUCAGAAGAGAUAGAGAUGGUUCUUUUGUUCGGGAGACAACCAUUGUAGAUUCCAGCCGAGAAGACCAGGAAAAGAGAAGGAUAAAGAAUGUCAUAUAUCUCAGGAGCUAGAUCACUUCCCGAUGAACAAGUCAGAAUUGCCUCAACAAAAAUGGAUGGAAUUGGACCGAAAAAAGCCAUUCAGCUUCGUUAUCAAUUAGGUAUCAGUGGGAACAUCAAGAUGAAUGAGUUAACUAAGUAUCAGAUCGACCAAAUUGAAAAAAUGAUAGCUCAAGAUCAUGUUGUUCAUUGGGAAUUGAAGAGGGGGGAACGAGCAGACAUCGAACGAUUAAUUUCUAUUUCUCGUUAUCGUGGAAUUCGUCAUCAAGAUGGAUCGCCAUUACGCGGUCAACGAACUCAUACUAAUGCAAGGACUGCUCGCAAGCAAAUUCGGAAAUGAAAGAAGGCUACCGAAAGAACAAGCAACGGAUUGAGCGCUCAUCCCUUGCUAAAGCGCAUACGUUUUCUUGCUCCUUGGUACUUGUCUGAUCAAUCACACUGUUCAAUAGUUCUCUUUUUCUUUUUCGUUCGAUGAACCGCUUACUAAUCACGUAUACGUAUAGUAGGCCCCCUUCGCCACUCCACGUCUGGCCCGUCUUGGUCUCGCUCACUUCGCCCGCCUAUCGUAUCGGUUCGGCUUCGUCCGUCAAGCGACUGCUUCUGCCUCAGACAGCUUUACUAUCGCUCAUGACUGGUAGUUGUCUCUAUGUAGUAGUCGGCCUUUGUUAAGCUUCGCCAGAAGCGACUAGUCGCUUCCCGAAUGCCUCUUUCUUGUACUAAUUAAUGUGUAUGGUCUAGUCUUUCCAAUGCCUCUUUCCUUGCCGCCAACGCACGCUAGAUGGAGAGUAAGCAAGCUACCUUGCUUGCAUUGCAUUCGUUAAACGGUAGCUUCCGCGCCCUUCCUGCCUGCAGAAAUUGAUGUGAAUGAUCGUGUCUUCGACAUCAAUUUCAGUCUGAUUAGAUAUGUCAUUGAAACAAAUCUGUUUUGUCUCUGUUUUAUUUUCGGAUGAUAAGGAUGAGCCAGCCGAUCCUAACAUAAUUUUGGAGGAGCCGGACGACGAAGCCUCAAAAUCUGAUAAGGAUGUCUCCGACGCGACCGGACUGCAACUAGAUUUUUUUUUAGGGGUCAGGAGGGAAAAAAAAGAUAUGCUGUUUCCUAUCAGUCCCAAGCGGAUACCCCCCAGCUUCCACGGUCCGCUUACCGAGGAAGAGAUGCGGGAGGACCCAGGGCCAGAGCAAGUUGGGUUGGGGUAUAGAGCCGUAAGCGCGGUGGGGGUGACAGAGGAUGUGCUCGUACGGUUCAUAGUUGGGUAUGAUAUUCUCGUGGAUUGUUGGGAACGUCCUCUAUAUUCGAAAUAUGCCUUUCUAGGAGCAUUACGAUCUGCAGCUCAAAUGGUCUCUUAUGAAGUCUCUAUUGGUCUUAUUCUUAUUACUGUACUAAUAUGUGUAGGUCCCUGUAAUUCGAGUGAGAUUGUCAUGGCGCAAAAGCAGAUAUGGUCCGGUAUUCCCUUGUUCCCCGUAUUGGUUAUGUUCCUUAUUCCUCGUCUAGCAGAAACUAAUCGAGCUCCGUCUGAUCUCCCAGAAGCGGAAGCGGAAUUAGUUGCAGGCUAUAAUGUAGAAUAUGCGCGGGAUGCGAUCCUUAAUAGUUCACUGUUGGCGGAAGCCAAUGUCUCGGGACUCAUUCUGACUUAAACAAGGGGUGGGUCUUUACCAACUUCCAAAUCCAAGAUUUAGGGAAAAAAAAGAGGGGCACUCUUCAUUCUUCAUUCGAAACUCAUGAAUGUCGGGUCGGAGGUUUUUGCCUUUUUAUCAAAAAGGGGAGUUGGGUAAAGCAAACUCCCUCCUUGGACGAGCACGGGGCUUAGUCAAGUAGAACCGGGUUGCGCUGCUUGAUGCUCCGAUCGAAAACAAAUCAGUGGGGCUAUGCCGGUACGACGGAAUAUGCGUUAGAAAGGUCAAUCCCUCCCCCCCUUUAUUUUUUUUUAAUGAAAAACCGGGCCGAACUUCUAAAAAGCAGCCCACCCGCUUCCAUAGAACAAUAUCGCGGCAACGUAGACCUAAGUGGAUUUAUUGGAUUCUGGGGAACCAUCACAAGUACGGCCGGCCUAUAGAACGAGAAUGCCGUGUCGUCCAGCGGAGCUUAGAAGAAGGUGACUCGGAGCCUAAGGAAGGUGACUCGCGCAGACAGCUGACUCCUUUUCAAUAGAAAGGAAUAGCCAAACCUACCCAGCUGGCUGGUCAAUCUCAGUGAUCUUAUCGGCCGGCAAAGCGGAGACGGACGACCACGGUCCCGACCUUACCAGCACCGUAGGUUUACUAAUCAAUGAAGCCCCUCAACCUACUAUCUUUUCUUACAAACUCAACCAAGCCUAACCAAACCCCAUGCUAACGACAUGUUCUUGA